ACAACACCAAAACACACAGGAUCAAGAACAGCAUCGCGAUCUUGUUUUUUUUGCCUUCAUACAGCAUGAAGUAGUCGACGCUCGCCCUUACAGCACUGGCAUUUGAGGAGAGACAGGAGACAUGCUGCCCACGUCAGGAUAUUUCCGGGGCGUCUCCUGCCCAGACUACGAGAAAGGUCGAUGUCCUCGGCCUUUCUGCCACUUCCACCACCACCCUAGGAGAGAAACCAACACAAAUCAGUUGCAAAGUAUAACUUCCAACUCGGAAAAUGCAGAUGAUAGACAAGCUAUUAAUGAUGUCUCUCAGCCCAAAAUAGCUACUGAAACACCUGCAUCUGAAGAUUUACCAACAUGUAGCAAAUCAGAGACCUCAGCUCCCAAGAAGGGAGAGAAUGCAGAAGAGGCAAGUGACACUGAAACGUCUGAAGCAAAUUCAGGCAACCAGUCAGAGCUGCUGCAACAACUCGUAAGUGAUGCCGUCAAGAAAGCCCUGUCAGAAAACCCCCUUCUGGCUGCAGCGGGAGUUGAUCCUUCAUCUGUGAUGAAGAAAAUUGAUACAUCAGCACUGAUUGCUCAGGCCUCAGCUGAGAUUACCCAAACCAAGACAAAGAAGAAACUGUACCUCCGUCCGCCAGACACUCCUAGUUAUAACCCCACACCCAUAGAGGAACUCAAUAAGCGCAAGAGGUCUGUAGAAGGCAGUGAUAAGGAAGCGACACCAUCCAAGGUUAUGAAGUAUGUCCCAUCUAAUAUGUCAGCCAGUAGUGUUAUUUCAGACGUUUUGGAAGGAGAAGUUAAUACCAAAAGUUCUGUAGACAGUGAAGCUACAGAUUUCUCUUCUGAUGAUGGUGAGGGUGAUAAAAAGAGAGAUGAUUUUGAUAUCCUCGAAGAGGUGCUUGCGGAACACUCACAGAAUAAUAAGAUUAAAGUGAAGAAAAAGAGAGUAAGGGCUCUUGGUAAGCUUCAGUAUAAUUUAAGCAUUGCAGAGAAAACCAGUAAAAAUUCAACUGUGAUUUCAGAUGCACAAUGUAUGUCAAAUCUUGACAGUAGUAGCUGUGAUACAUCAAAGAAAAAUUCAACUGAAAGUCAGGACAUGGCAGAAGGAUCUUAUUUUUUGCCCCCAUCUCCAGUUUUUACUUCAUCUUCAGAUGGAUUUGGAAUGUUUAAUAGCACUGUGUAUACUACAUCUAAGACUGAUAGUGAAAAUUGCAAAACCAGUGAAAAUGUACCUGGAAAAGAAGAGAAGGAAAUGAAGGAGAAAGAGGAAAAAGAGAUAAAUCCAGUAAAAGUCAACAAUCCAAUACAGAAAAGUGAAGUAAGUGUGAAGCCAAAAGAACAGCCAAGUAAAGAUGAAGUAAAGAAUAAAAGCAAAGGCCAUUCUUUACUUCCCCAAGUUGUCCAUACACUCAGUGCCCCAAAAAUAUCUAGACGCAAUAUUAGAAGCUGGACUCCGCAGGUUCGGAGCACAGUACCAGAAGUAAAAGACACAGGUGAUCCGUUAGAAGAAAUACUACAGUUAAUGGAUGGGGAAGAUUCCCAGCAAACAGCUGACUCAAAGGAAGAUUCCAAAAAGACUCAACAGAGAGUAGAAACUUCAAAAAUUGUUAAAAAGUAUAAAGUUGAUUUAGAUAAGGAAAUUCUAAGUUUAUCAAAUUUGUCAUCAAAUAAAGUGGAAAGUCAACCACCUCCAAGUGAAAAUUCAUCACAAGAGAAGCUUGAAGUAAACACCACUACCAAUAGUGAGAAGCAAAAGACGAAAAAUGCUGUUCAGGGAGAGAACUCAAAAGAAGAACAAAAGAAAUUACCAGAUAAGGAAACAGAAACCAAGGAUUCUCAGUCAGAGAAGAAGGAGAGAAAGAGUGAAAGUGAAAGUGAAGAUCCAGAUCUUGAUUCAGAAGACGAGGAAGACGAUCCUGAGAAAGACGAAAAGCGAAAUAAGGAAAACAAGGGAGGUGUUUCAGCCAAAGAUGAUGAGAGUAGCGACUCUGAACACAGACGGGGAAGACACAGGAGGAAGAGGAAGAGAGAUCGGUCAAGCAGCUCAGAUUCUGAACAUUCUUACCACAGAAGAAAGAAAAAGAAAAGUCACAAACGGCGCAGGAAAUACAGCCACAGUAAAAAGAAAAGAAAACAUCGUAAUAGUAGAGGUGACUCAGAUGAUGAAGACAGUAAGGACUCCAACAGAGAUGAAGAAGAUAGUGCAGAUGAGAAGAGUGAUGCUAGUAGAGAGGACAGCCAGGAUGAAGAAUUAGAUAAGGUUAAAAAACAUAAGAAACACAAGAAAAGAGGAAAGCAUCAUAAGAAAUAUAAGUACAAGAGAAGGAGAAGCAAAAGCAAGAAGAAGAGGAACCGAAGCCACAGUAGUAGUCGAAGUUCAAGCAGGAGCUCUAGUGAGAGCCGAAGUAGAAGUAGAAGUAGAAGCCACAGCAGAAGUCGCAGUGAAAGCCGUGACAGGAGUCGCAGCAGAAGCCAAAGCCAAAGCCCUGGUAAGAGAAAAAAUAAAGAUAAUCAGAAGAUAGGUAGUAGAAGGGAAAGUGAGGACAGCAUAAAACGAAGAAACUCUACAAGUGAUAGCCAAGGAAAUACCAAGGAUAAAACCCAGCCAUUGUCAGUACCAAUGCCAGUUGAUCCAAGCAAAAUAAAAAUUGAAAAGGAUCCCACAGUUCCUGAUCUGUCAAUUGUGAAAAUUGAGAAAGACUUGGAACAGACUUCUUCUGUCUCUGGCAAAAAAGAAGAGACUGAAAGUCAUGGUGAGAAAAGAAGUUCAGGUGACUCGAGCACUAAACAGGAGAGAAGUUCACAUUCAAAGCCUAGUAGUGACAUUGCUUCCAAGGAAAGUGAGAAAGCUAAACAGGGCUCAGACAGAGAGCACAAGAAGAGUAGGCAAGAUAGAAAAAGUAGUACAGAUAGCAUGUCUGACAAAGGUUUCUCACAGAGGCGUCAAAGCACAGAAUCUAAAAAGUCAGAAAAUGAAAGCAUCUCAGGAAGCAGUAAACAAGGAAUAAAAAGAAGAGUAAGUGAUGAUUCUUGCAAGAAAGAAAACUCUGCUCAGGAUUCUCAGGGUAAAGUCAUGUCUAUGUUUGAUAUGGUGAUUGCCAGCACUCAACAGGUACAAAAGCCAAAAGUUCUGAAGGAAAUCUCUAUUUUCGAUGCUGUGGCAGCCGCUGGGAAGGACAGCAGUGAAGACUCAACUGGAGAUGACAUUGAUAGUACAGAGCCUUUUUUGAAUGAUGAUUCACUUAAUCAGAAGAGUGACACUUCUUCAAAAGGUAAAUCAGGCCAAGGUUCUAAAACUGAGAAGUCAGUAGAUCGUUCAUCCAGUUCCAGUUCUCGCAAAGAUAACAAAAAUGAGUCCAAGAGAAAGCAUUCUUCUAGCAGUAGUAAAGAAAAGAGUAGUAGUCAUAAAAGUUCCAGUAGUCAUCACAGUAGUUCUUCCAGCAAGCACAAAAGCAGUAGUAAUUCUAGUAAACAUAGUAAUACUACUGUGAGUAGCAGUACUAGCAGCAGUAAGGAGACUCAUUCCAGCAAAACCAAAGAAAAAUCAGGUGUAACUUCUAGCAGUCACUCAAGUGGAAAUGCUAAACAUCAUAGCAGCAAACAUAGCAGUAGUUCAAAGAGUCAAAAGAGCAGCAGCAGCAGCAGAAAACACAGCAGUGGAAGUCAUAGCAAAGAUAAAGAACACAGCAACAGUGGAAGCAGUAGCAGUAAAGCUGAUGGAAAAAUCAAAGAAUCUUCCAGAAGUAAAAGAUAUUCCACAGAAAAUGAAGCAUCAAAUGGGAUUUGUGAAAGAGAUUCUUGUAAUGAUGGAAAUGAUUCCCCACUACCAGACCUUUCUGCACUAGAUGAGAUCCCACAGGAUGAUUGGGAGCAAAUGAUUAAUUCCAGUGAUAGAUAUGAUUUGCAGCAUUUAGAGAAUCUGGAUGAGAAUGAUGAGGAUUAUGAUCUAGAUGACUUAGAUAAGGAUGAUCCAGCUAUAAUGGAGGAAUGCAUGAGGAUGUUCAAUGAAUACCAGCCUGAAGAUUCUCAGCCCCAGAUGUCAUCUAAAAAGACAAAAGUAGUACCAAAAGAAGAACCAGAGUCCCAUCAAGGAAAGCAACGUGUUGCACGUUCAUCAACAGGAAAUUUAGUUGCCAAGAAACCAGAGAAGGGGCCUCGCAGAAUGACACCAGCUCAGGUGAUGAUGGAAAGAUAUCAGAAACUGAAGGAACAGCAGGCAGAGUUGAUGAAGCAGCUGAAGAAACAGAAGCAACAAAUUGAUGAGCAAAAUCGUGGCCGGUCAUCAUCUUCCUCUGCAGUAUCAUCAACUACCUCCUCCAGACCUUCAACUUUCCCAGCAUCAUCAUCAACAACUGUCAAAUCACCUCCAAUCUCAACUUCAGGUGGGUCAAAGCGACGCAUAUCUCAUGUGCCAAAUGUGUCGUCGCUGUUACACGCACGGGAAAAAAUCAAGAAUCUGCCACCCACAAACACAAGGGCUCUUCUCUCCCCAAGUGUGGCCAAAGCCUCUGGGAAUCUUCCACAGACCAUUGCACAUACAGUUGCAAAGGGCAGUAGAAGGACAGCGCAUGUUCCUCAGGCAGAAGCAUUGUCACGACCAGUAAUUCCAGCAGAAUUCGGCAGUAAAGUGCCCCAGAAUAUUCGCCAACGAUAUCUCAAUUCAUUUAUUGAUGAGUGCCUUAAAUUUACUGGAGAAAAGACUGCAUUUAGAAUAGCAAUGGCAGAAGAAAGAGUGUGUUACAAUCGUGCAUCUUCACGCAUGGUUUACCUUAAUCUAGCUGUCAAUACUCUGAAGAGGUUGCGGACUCAACAGGCAGCUGGAGAAGCAGCUCAAGAACUUAUUGAUAGUGAUCCACAAUUCGGAGAAAGUUCAGAGCCUGAUGAACCCUCGACUUCAACCAAGCCAUCCUCAUCAGUAAGCUCUCCAGCACCGUCCAGAACCGCUUCUCAGCAUCCCCUCAACCCCAACCAUGUCAGACUAUCACAUUUCUCAGUUUUAGCUGUGGGUGGACAGAAAGGGUCUUGGAGUAUUGAGAAGCCAAAAAAGAACACUGUUGAUGUCAGUGACUGCCUCAAAGGUUUAAACUUCUACAAACUAAUGAAGAAAUACUUACUCACGGAGGAACAGCUGCGCGAGAAUGGUUACCCACUCCCCGACCCAGAUGAGAAGGGGAAAGCCAUCGUUGCUGUGAAAGACACACGAAAAAAACUCAGUCCAAGUGCUGUUGAGCGUUACUGUGAUCGGUGCUCAGUGUUAUAUAAAGUAGACAAAUGGGGUUUCCCCACAACAACAGGGCCUUGUGCAUAUCACUGGGGACGUGCAUACAAGCGCAGAGGUUACUCAGGACUUGAGACUCGCUACUCAUGUUGUGGAGGAGACUUGGAAUCUGAUGGAUGUGUCCAAGCAACGACUCAUGUGUCACAGAAUUAUAAUCCAGAUGAUCUGCGAGGAUAUGUAAGAACCCUACCCAAAGAUGUGAGUGGCGGUGAUUAUGGAGUAUAUGCUUUAGAUUGUGAGAUGUGUUACACUACAGCUGGGAAUGAACUCACUCGUGUGACUGUGAUAGACUCUGAAGGAAAGUCUAUCUAUGAACAGCUGGUUAAACCUGAGAAUCCUAUUAUUGAUUACAAUACACGAUUUUCUGGAAUAACAGAGAGUGACAUGGAAGAUGUAAGGACAACACUUUUUGAUGUGCAGGCAGCCUUGCUAACACGUUUUUCUGAUAAGACCAUACUCGUUGGUCACAGUUUAGAGUCUGAUUUCCAAGCACUCAAGUUAAUUCACGAUACUGUAGUGGAUACCAGUGUGGUAUUUCCUCAUAAGAUGGGUCAUCCCUACAAACGUGCCCUUCGAAAUCUAGCCUCGGAAAUCUUAAAGAAAAUUAUCCAAAAUGAUGUGUCUGGUCACGACAGUGCAGAGGAUGCAGUGACCUGUAUGCACCUCAUGCAGUGGAAGAUAAAAGAGGACUUGAAGAGAAUCAAAAAAUGAAUAAAAAUGUAUCAAGAUGAGUUGAUUCAUUUUACUACAUAGAUGUAUUACAGGAGAGUAAAAUGUUAAGUUUGAUACACAGCAUUUUGUUAAUAGCAUUGUUUCUACUCCUAUAUGAAAUUAAAUGUUACAUGUUUAUACAUGGUUGUUUGUAAUUAUAUAAUCUAGGAAAAUUAAGUAAUACAUGUAAAGUUCAAUUUGGAUUAAUUUUGUUUUCUUCUUUCUUUUUUUAGUCCAUGGAAAUAUAAAUUUUUUUAUUUUUUUCUACUUCACAGAGCAUAGAGUAACAAUCUUUUGCAAUGUUUAAUAAGCAAUUACCAAAAGUUCUGGGACUUGAAGCAAUAAAGAGUUUCACUUUGUGUCAGUCACAUUAUGAAUAAUCAAGGAUGUUUGUUUUUAAAGGCACAGUGUAACAAGUAUAUAACUCAUGCAGUGUUUAGAAAGAAGGAUAAAAUGUUCCAAAAAAUCAUUUUGACAAAUGAAACAGAUGAAGUCCUCACAUAUUGGAAAUUAAAGCAUUCCCUUGUAUGGUAUGUAAUGUGUAUACUGUAUAGUUUGUGGCAGCUGCAGUCAUAUUUGAUAUGUUUUUUGUAACUGUAGCAUCAUGUAUCUUAAACCAAAGGAUGUAAUUGUACUCUAUUUAAUUUUUCUUUAGAAUAAGAUUCAGUGUUAACUGUUUAUGUCUUUGAUACUGUAACCAAUGUAAUCCUGAAAGCCUGACAAUUGCACAGACAUGCAUGUCUGCCUCAAAUCCAUGCGCCGAUGAACAGAAGUCCGCAUUCAAAAUUGAUUCAGACUUUAGUUACAAAGGUUUUUUUCUAAUGUGUCACAUGGUUUUAUUUCAAGAUAUAACUUUUUUUUUAAGUUGGUCAAUUUCUAAGAGAAGGAUCUGAUUUUUUUCCACUUCCAGGUUGAAGAUAAGUCGAUAUGUGGUUAAAAUGAAAAAGGAGUGUGAUUUAACUCAGUGUGAAAAAGAGAGACUGGAGGAGGGAAAGUGCAAAAGGCAGUUGGAAAGAGAGGAGAGAAAAGUGAGAGGAGGGGUAAAAAAAUUAUAAUAAAAGACUGAAGAAAGAGCCUAAACAAAGUCUAUAAAAGGCAUUUACAUAAAGUAAAGCAAACACCAAUGAUAUUUUACAGAAAUCAAGUGGAAAAGGAAGAAGGUAAGGCCAGGAAUAUUAUUGAAGCAAACGAACGUGAGAACAGAUGAUAUUGCAGUCCUUGAUAGUUUCUGAUCCUGCAUGGAAGCAACAUCAUUUGGUUGUGAAGCACCAGAUGUGGGAGAUUUCUCUCUUGAAAAUGUAAAAUAUCUUUGGCUUUAGGAGCAUGUGCCUGAUAUAACUAAGGUUAUUUUUUGGUUAGUAUAAAUCAGGGUAAGUCUUUUUGUUGUUAGAAUGGUCAUGUUAGUGUCCAUAGAAAUAUUCCCCUGGGAAAAUUCCUUGUUAACAGAGCAUUUAAGCUUAUUUAUAUUAUCAAACUAAUAGCUUGAAUACAUUUUCUUUUAACAUAUUUCUCUAAUAGCAUUUAUUAAGAUGAUGAGUCCUCAUGACUGGAAGAAAAUGGCAGAAAUGAGAUUAUUAGUAACUUAAGUUAGUCACACUGUCAUGUUAUCAAGUACACAGAGUAGAUUUUUUUUCUGAUUUUAAAAAACACCAUUUGUUUUUCAUUUUAGAAAGUUUUUGAUUGCUUGACCACAGCUAUGUAGAAGACAUGGGUGACAUUUCUAUAAAAGCAUAAAUUAUUUGAUAACUUCAAUUGGAAGAUAAUGAACGUAACUUCAAGCAAGAAGAUGAGGUAUUAAAGAAGGUAACCAAUGUAGAAACAUUAGAAUUUUGUUUUUUUCCAUACACUGAUCUCCUUUCAUUUCUGUUUGUCAAAAGAAUAUGACAUUGUUAUUAUGCUGUUGACCAGGAAUUAUGAAUAUCAUUAAAUCCUACACAUGAGUAGCAUAAUUAUAUCGAAUAGUUAGAUGGCACCUUAAUUAUGAAAUUUUACAGUACAUUAUUUUUAGAUGGUUAUGAAUGCUUUAGAAAAGUUCAUCAAAGGGCAUUGAGUGUGGAAUGGUAAUUGAUUGUUUUUUUAUAUGUUAGGGGGGGGGGGGAUUGCCCAUUCUUUGAUAUUUUUAUCUCUAUGGUUGAUAUGGUGCUGACUCACAGUUUCCCUUAAUCUGGUAUCCCCCCCAAGUAUUUCAGGUUUUGGAAAUAUGAAACAUGCUGUAUUAAGGUUCUAAUGCAUGUUUAAUGAAUUAUAAAACAUCACAAGCGUUUGGAAAAUUCAAGUAUUAUUUUGUGAUGAUGAUGAAUGUAAGGAGUGGUUUGAGCACUUAAUGGAGUAAUAUUUAAGUGUCGGUUGAAUGCUACUUAUACGGGAUACCAAAUCAUAGCUAUUACUACAUGAUACAUUAACAAUGGUACAAACAGGAUGUACAUUCUUUCAUUCUUAUUAUUUUUCUAUUUGAAUAGUACACAUUUAGCUAUAUUGGUUCCCUAGCUCUAGUCAAACUACUGUGCUUCUUUGUGAAUUAUUUCAACAGCAAUAAAAUGUAAAAUCUCCA